GCUGGCAGCCUCCAGCCGCCCGUCUUUGUAAGGAGACCACUGAGACGAGCAGCAGCGUGGAGCAGCGGCUUCUCUGCUGCCCUGACUUUUUAAGAAAUCUCAAUGAACUAUUUGUAGACAAUCACUGAUCCUGCCUGCAAGAUAUUUUUUUUUGCACGGCAAAGACACCGAUCAGUGUUAAGUGAAGAUCACAUCUUAUAUGCGAUCUUGACUUUUUUUUUUGAUCUUACAUUAUAUUUUUAUAGAUUUUAUUAUAAUCAUGGUGCUGGGAAAGGUAAAGAGUUUGACAAUAAGCUUUGACUGUCUUAAUGACAGUAAUGUCCCCGUGUAUUCUAGCGGGGACACUGUCUCAGGAAGGGUAAAUUUAGAAGUUACUGGGGAAAUCAGAGUAAAAUCUCUUAAAAUUCAUGCAAGAGGACAUGCGAAAGUACGCUGGACUGAAUCAAGAAACGCCGGCUCCAAUACUGCCUAUACACAGAAUUACACUGAAGAAGUAGAAUAUUUCAACCAUAAAGACAUCUUAAUCGGGCACGAAAGAGAUGAUGAUAAUUCCGAAGAAGGCUUCAACACUAUUCAUUCAGGAAGGCAUGAAUAUGCAUUUAGCUUCGAGCUUCCACAGACACCACUUGCUACCUCAUUCGAAGGCCGGCAUGGCAGUGUGCGCUACUGGGUGAAAGCCGAGUUGCACAGGCCGUGGCUUCUACCAGUAAAAUUAAAGAAGGAAUUCACAGUCUUUGAGCACAUAGACAUCAACACUCCUUCAUUACUGUCACCCCAAGCAGGCACAAAAGAAAAAACACUCUGUUGCUGGUUCUGCACCUCAGGCCCAAUUUCCUUAAGUGCCAAGAUUGAGAGGAAGGGCUACACCCCAGGUGAAUCAAUACAGAUAUUUGCUGAGAUUGAGAACUGCUCUUCCAGAAUGGUAGUGCCAAAGGCUGCCAUUUACCAAACGCAGGCCUUCUACGCCAAAGGGAAAAUGAAGGAAGUAAAACAGCUUGUGGCAAACUUACGUGGGGAGUCUUUAUCGUCUGGGAAGACAGAGACGUGGAAUGGCAAGCUGCUUAAAAUCCCCCCGGUCUCACCCUCCAUCCUCGACUGCAGUAUAAUCCGUGUGGAGUACUCACUAAUGGUGUACGUGGAUAUUCCCGGGGCCAUGGAUCUGCUCCUCAGUCUGCCACUAGUCAUCGGGACCAUCCCCCUGCAUCCGUUUGGCAGCAGAACCUCAAGUGUGAGCAGUCAGUGUAGCAUGAAUAUGAACUGGCUCGGUCUGUCCCUUCCUGAAAGGCCUGAAGCACCACCCAGCUACGCAGAGGUCGUGACAGAGGAACAGAGACGGAGUAAUCUCGCCCCAGUGAGUGCUUGUGAUGAUUUUGAGAGAGCUCUUCAAGGACCACUGUUUGCUUAUAUCCAGGAGUUUCGGUUCUUGCCUCCACCUCUCUAUUCAGAGAUUGAUCCAAAUCCUGAUCAGUCGUCUGAGGACAGACCAUCAUGCCCCUCUCGCUGAAGGAACACUUGACUGAAGCAAGUUGACAUGGGUUCCGAACUGUAUCUCUUCCAGCUGAGGACAGAGAAGUUUCUUGGAGACACGUUUUCAGAGGAAGUGGAAUUGCUUUUGCCCAGACAGAUGGCAAAUACAUGAAGCAACCAGUGACCCUGCUCUAGAACCCUCCAGCAUCAUCCGGGGCUGCUCCAACCUGCUUGAAGAGCUGAGCUUUCCUCUCAGAACUCGCACAUGCUAAGGGCAGUCUUCUUGGCCUGUGGUCAUACGUGUCAAGACACCGUUGCAAAGAAGGAUGUUGUCCUUCUAUUUGAAAAUUUGCACAUGCUCAAUGCUUACAUUGUGCAGUUCAAUGUCACUACAGCGUUUUUUUGUUUUUUUUCCAUUUAUGCCAGACUCUUGAUACUCUUACAACUUGUUUGUGGUCAGCACAACAUGGAACAAAAGAAAGCUUUGAAAAACUUUGACAUUAAAAGCAAAACAAAAUGCACUGACAGGUUUUUUUUUCUUAGUUUGUUUCUUUUUGUUUGUUUAAGUUAAUGUAGCCUGGACUCUACCUGCGUGUGCACAUGCUCAGAAGUGUCCUACUAGGCUGACCAUGUGUCACCUCUUCAGCUUGGAUCCUAUGUGGAUUUAUUUACAAACAUCAAAUGCCUUCAAGCCAAUCCUUUUGCUGUAUGUUUUGCAGCCUACUGUAGUAGAUAAGCAACAGAUACAAGGAGAGAAGAGACAGGAGGAGGAGGCCGGCCGGCAGGAGACUUUGUAGGGCUGUUGUUUGGUUUCUGUGAGAGUGUUGCCUUUCUACUAUGACAGCAGGGCAGCACUGUGUCUGACUGCCUAACAUCACUCAAUCUCAGGUGAACGCAUCACUUGCCAAACUGUCGGAAUGCCGUCUUUGUUUGUUGCACUGUGUGUUGUUGUCGUUGUUGUUGUUAUUUGGUUGGCUUUUUUGGAGAGGGAUACUUGGAAAUGGGACAUACACAAAACUGAUAACCCACCCUCAUUCCCCUUUUUAUCAUUACAUAUAAGAAGAAACAAAACUCAGAGGGGAAAAAGACAGUAGGGCGAGCACCAGCAGAGUCAAGGGCUGUUGCUCUGAAAAAUUAUUUUUAUUAUUUUAAAAAUGAAUAGAAGCUGUCCAGUCACUAGGGAAGGGAGGGGAAAGUGCAUUUAUUUUUAUACAGACUUACUUAAUUACCUCCAAAACACAUAUGUUGGAAAUCACUUUUGCUGAUGCAAAGUACUUCAAUAAGCCAGAAUACAUAUAUAUAUGUAUAUAUAUGUAUAUAUACAUAUAUAUAUGUAUUUAUGUAUGUAUAUGUGAAGGUCAUGAUGGGAGAAGCUUCAUUUAUACAUUUGCUCAAGUUUGAGAAAAUAAAAUCCCAAAUUUGUUUCCAAAGUGUGUAACUUUAUAAGUAGAAAUACUAGAAUGUUUGCUGGGAUGAAUAGCUUUAGUUUGUACAUGUGUAUAAUACCAUUUUUCAACAAUUUUUUUCUUUCAACUAAGAGUUAUUGAUAGGUCUCUAGCUUUGAGUAUAGGUAGAGCAACACAUGAGUAAAUUAUUUUUAAAGAUAAUUUAUGGUUGGAUCGUCACCAUAUACUAACAUUCAUGAUAGAAAUCAAACCCCCAUCUUCUCAAAGUACAAAAUAGAGUGAUUUUGUAAGAGUUGGCUUGUGUUUUUAGUGACACCAGCAUCUCUGAUGUUACAACAUAUGUGUGAGAUGGAUCUUAACAUCUGUCACCUUGCCAUCUGACCCACAGUUAGAGUGACUGAGAGUAAUAGUAACUCUGGCCUGGUGCUUGACCUGGUUAAAUACUGUCUUAAAGCUUCAUACAAAAUAGGCUUUUCCAUAAGUGGCCUUUAAGAAAACAUGGAAGAUAAUUCAUGUUUGAAAUAAUGCUGACAGGGUGAAGAAAGCCCAUUGUAAAAAUGAAUCGCGUUUUAAGUGAUUCAGUUAAAGGGUUUGUACUCCCGUAGCAAACUAAUAGUAGAUAAUAAGGAAAUGGGGGUGAAUUAUUUUUUUAAUUGUUAAAUCAUUUUGUGAAUGUCCCUCCUCAGAAGAAGCUGAUGGGAUAUUUGGCAUAAAGGGCAUUUGGUGGUUUUGUUUUUAUUGGGAGGGAUUGUCUGAAAACACCUGACUCUCUGUGUUGUGUCUAACUGGGGAACAAUUGUCAGUGUGCAUGGCCUUGGGCACUCACUACCAUGUUCUACUCUAUUAAGCAAGAAUGACCAAUAUUAUGAUAUUUGGUACUGGUGACAAAAUUCUUUGAAGAUUUGGCAAAAUAAAGUUUUAUUUUUCCCAUUAAGUAUUUCUUUACUCUUUAGGAGUAUUACAUGAGUCUAAAUAUUGGUCAAUUCCUGACAUAACAUCUGAGGGUCACAGUUGUGCUCUAGUAUUCAAGAUAGCUUCCUAAUUUUUCAUUUAGGAAAAGUAAAAUCCAAAAUGUUCAUGAAACAAAGUGCAAUAUUAAAUGUUUGCUUUAUAGAUUAUA